AUGGCCAACUCCCUCGGAAUCGUGCAGACUUGGUGCUGAACACACAGCAAAAGUUUGUAGCUUUCUCCUCAGUGGCUGGUGUUUGACCAGGGAGAGGAAACGACUUUGGAUCUAAACCACAAGGAGCAGUCAGAGAACGGUCUCUAACUUUCUUCUCGGUUACCAUUGGCAAUGAAGAGGAAACAGAAGAGAUUUCUGCAGAUGACUUUGUUAUUCAUGGUGGCUUUAAUUUUCCUGCCCAAUAUUGGUCUUUGGUCUCUGUACAAGGAUAAACACCUGGUGAAAUCUACAGAGCCUGGGGAGCAGCAGACAUACCCACUGGGCCUGGGAGAUGGGCAAUUCUAUUCAUGGACAGAUGGUUUGAGAAGAAAGGACUGGCAUGACUAUGAAAGCAUUCAGAAAGAGGCUAUGCGCUCAGGAAAAGGUGAACACGGGAAGCCUUACCCUCUUACUGAAGACGACCAUGACGACUCAGCUUACAAGGAAAAUGGAUUCAAUAUUUUUGUCAGCAACAAUAUUGCUUUAGAAAGAUCUCUGCCAGACAUUCGCCAUGCUAACUGUAAGCACAAGAUGUACCUGGAAAGGCUGCCAAACACCAGCAUCAUUAUCCCAUUUCAUAAUGAAGGCUGGACUUCCCUCCUGAGGACUAUACACAGUAUAAUUAACCGAACCCCAGAGAGUCUGAUAGCAGAAAUCAUUCUAGUAGAUGACUUCAGUGAUAGAGAACACUUGAAGGAUAAGUUAGAAGAAUACAUGGCUCGGUUUUCCAAAGUGAGGAUUGUGCGCACUAAGAAAAGGGAAGGGCUCAUCCGGACCCGGCUCCUGGGGGCAUCUAUGGCCAGAGGAGAGGUGCUGACUUUCCUGGACUCCCACUGUGAGGUCAACGUGAAUUGGCUGCCCCCACUCCUUAACCAAAUUGCACUAAACCACAAAACCAUCGUGUGUCCCAUGAUCGAUGUGAUUGACCACAAUCACUUUGGGUAUGAGGCACAAGCUGGGGAUGCCAUGCGCGGGGCCUUCGACUGGGAAAUGUACUACAAAAGAAUUCCCAUCCCUCCAGAACUCCAGAGGGCAGAUCCCAGCGACCCUUUCGAGUCUCCCGUUAUGGCUGGAGGACUCUUUGCUGUGGAUCGAAAAUGGUUUUGGGAAUUGGGUGGCUACGAUCCAGGUUUAGAAAUCUGGGGAGGAGAACAGUAUGAAAUCUCUUUCAAGGUGUGGAUGUGUGGAGGAGAAAUGUUUGAUGUUCCAUGUUCUAGAGUUGGCCAUAUCUACAGGAAGUAUGUCCCUUACAAAGUUCCAUCUGGGACUAGCCUGUCAAGAAAUCUGAAGCGGGUGGCUGAGACCUGGAUGGAUGAGUUUGCAGAAUACAUCUACCAGCGGCGGCCAGAGUACAGGCACCUGUCCACCGGAGACAUCUCCGCCCAGAAAGAACUGCGUAAACAACUCAAGUGCAAAGACUUCAAAUGGUUCAUGGCUGUGGUGGCCUGGGACGUGCCUAAGUACUACCCUCCAGUGGAGCCCCCACCUGCUGCCUGGGGGGAGAUUAGAAAUGUGGCAGCAAAUCUGUGUGUGGACAGCAAGCACGGAGCCACGGGCACUGAGCUGAGGCUGGACAUCUGUGUUAAAGACGGCUCGGAAAGGACAUGGUCUCAUGAGCAGCUCUUUACCUUUGGAUGGAGAGAAGAUAUUCGGCCUGGUGAGCCACUACACACCCGAAAAUUCUGCUUUGAUGCCAUCUCCCACAACAGCCCGGUGACUCUCUAUGACUGUCAUGGCAUGAAAGGAAACCAGCUCUGGGGGUACAGGAAGGACAGAACCUUAUUUCAUCCUGUAGGCAACAGCUGCAUGGAUUGUAACCCUGCAGAGAAGAAGAUAUUCAUGGCCACCUGUGACCCCCUUUCAGAGACUCAGCAGUGGAUUUUUGAACACGUCAACAUGACUGUUAUAGAAAAAUUUAGCCACCACACCAGCUCCUAGAAAGAAGGAAGGAAGAAAGGAAGGGGAAUGAUUACCUACAGAUGAUGAACUCUUAUUUUAGCCAGCAUCUGGGUCGAAGGAGUCAGGAAUAACAUUUCCAAGAUCCAGGAAGCUUGGUUUAAAGAUUUGUAAAUGCCAUGUCAAAGGAGUUCAUCCUGAAGAACUUCCUGCGUCUGAAGAGCUUGUCUGAGAACCUCAUCAGCUGCUUCUGAGAACUCCCGUAGCAGUUUCCCUUGCUGGCCAAGGGUGAAGAUUAUUUAGGGACUUUUCAAAACAACUACUGAGUUAAUCAAUCCUAGCAUUUCUCAGGUCAAAUCCUGCAGUAGUGAGUAGCUAUGAAUGGAUCCUAUUAACUGGGUGGGAGGGGGGCGGAAAUAGGAUGCAUGAUUGCUCCGACAACCUGAGGAUCCCCACAGGUUUAGAACUAGCCACACUUCAAGGGGUGAGCUCUUGGUGCCAUUCUCUGACUAAGAAUGGGUUAAGCCGGUUUAACCCUUAAAAGUGCUGCAGUUGAUUUUAGAGUGCUCAUACCAUUCUGUUUUAUUUUUUUUUUUUUGUAAAGGGUGCAAUAAUCUUAAGACUUCACUCCGUAAUGAAAUGGAUUUCCAGUGUGCCCAUUCUCUCAUUGAUAUCCCCAUUUUCCUUUUAAAGCAGAAGUUGCUGGUUCAUGAAAGUCCAUCAGCUCAAGUUCUAAUUCAGGGUCCUCAUAGGAAUCCCACUAACAGUGACAAAUGAAAACUAUGCUACCCAGUUACUCCAAAGAAAGAUUGCACAAAAACAGCGAAAUACCAUUUAAAAAAAGAUGCAGAGAGAGAUUUCCCUGGAAAAUCUAUUUUUAAUUUUCUAUUCUUUUUAGAACUUUACAAGUCAGAUGUUGGUUGUCUAAUUACAAUUUUUAUUAAGGAGGGUAAUGGAGUGAGAUGGGUGUAAUUUGCUUAGGAGAUUGUUUAACUUAAAUAAAUCUACACUCCAAGUAACAAUGUGACAAUGGCUGAUUCACUUCCAUUUAUUUGGUGCUGGGAGGUUUUAUUUUUUUUUCCCGUUGGGUGGGGAAGGGUAUCAAUGAUUUCUCUGGAAAUUAUUUUUGUUUUCUUUUUUAAAUAGUUCAUAUUGAUAAUGUUACUAUAUUUGGAAGUCCAUAAGAGAAAUUAUCAAUAAAAUGCUUCUGACACCAUUUUCUGUUAAUGGGUAAGGAAAGGAAUCAUUAAAAAACAAAAUGGAGGCACU